UCAAACCCCCAUCCCAUCACCGACUAUCGAAGCAACAUCGCAGGUGAACGAAAACGAGUACUGCCGGCUCCGCAGCUGCCAGCACAUUCCGACGCCAAUUUCCUUGAGCCGGAUAUGAAGUGUCCCAAAAUCGAGAAGGAUGUCUCAUUGGCUGACUUGAACAGCGACACGAUAUCUCGCCCUAAUCAUAUUAACUUCGAUAUGAUUGGACUCGGUAACACCAACAUACCGUUGUCGACGCCGACGAACAUCACCUACACCACAGGAACCACUCCCUAUACCACAGCUGGGACAUAUAGUGCUGGUUUUCCUGGAUGGUUCCAACCAACUACACGAUGCAAUUGCUUGAGAAGGUCCUCUGAAGUGCCAUGCCAUUGCCGAUUAAACAACGAUUUUGAACGACAGCACCGGGUUGACGCCAUGCACCCAGCCGAAUCCGAUUUUUGUAAACACACCAACGCCACUUCAGACGUCCGAAUCCGACCUUCGGGCUUUGUGAACGCCGCGAUCACGUCCACAUUAAGACCGUUUGCAAUUUUUCAUCGUAAUUAA